UCUAGCCUUAGAACCCCGGGCGAGUGCGUAGCUACGAAGUUUGUCAGCUCUGAGGCACCGUAGUGGCUUUGACACCGGCCGGGUGGGCUGCGCUGGGCGGCUGAAGCUCGGCUCAGUUUAGGACAUCCUGAUGGCUGCGGUAUUUCUGGUAACGCUGUAUGAGUAUUCGCCGCUUUUCUACAUCGCGGUGGUCUUUACCUGCUUCAUCGUGACCACCGGCCUGGUAUUGGGAUGGUUUGGUUGGGAUGUUCCAGUAAUUUUGAGAAAUUCAGAAGAAACCCAGUUCAACACAAGAGUUUUCAAAAAGCAAAUGAGACAAGUCAAGAAUCCUUUUGGCUUAGAGAUCACUAAUCCAUCUUCAGCUUCAAUUACAAGUAAGAGAGAAGAGUGGGAGAAGGUUCUUUGCAGGGGCUCUCCACAGACAGAUCCUCUUACCAGGAUAAAGAAUACGGGAGGAGCAGCAGGUUUUGGAAGAAAGGUAAUGACUUCAGUUUUGAACUUCUGGACUUUGGAGUGGGCAGUUCUAGGUACAGCUCCAUGGCUUUACAAAGAUUUCUGGGCUGAGACCCUAUCACCUUUUACAUGUGCUCAGAUUCCUGGGAUCUUAAAAACAAUCCCAAACGUUCUCAACUUUUUAUCUUAUUGUAACUACUGCCCUCUUUCUCUUCCCUUCACAGCCAUGCUUCUCAAAAGCAGGUUGCAUUUGCCUUCUUCCCUUAGCCUGCUCUACUUUCACUCCUCAGAUCAGUGCAGUCUGAUUUUUGCCUAUAUCCCUCUACUGAAAUGGUUUUCCCCCAGGUCACUGAUCAUCACUUCUGCCCCAACCCUGACCCCCAGCAGUCAUAAAAUCCAGUGCACACUUUGUAGGCCUGAGUUAACAUUAUCUCUGCAGAGUUUAACAGAGUUGACCAAUCCUUCCUUCUUGAUACCCUGCUCCCUAGGCUUCUGUGACCCUUCUUGUAUAGUCAUCUUCCUGUCUCUAACUUCCAGAAUCACAUGUCAAAAAUCAGUGUACUGGGGUACCUGGGUGGCUCAGUUGGUUAAAUGUUCGACUCUUGAUUUUGGCUCAGGUCAUCAUCUCAGAGUUGUGAGAUCGAGCCCUUGAGUUGGGUUCUGUGCUCAGCAUGGAGUCUGCUAGAGGUUCUUUCUUUCUCUCUUCCCCUCUGCCCCUCCUCCUGCUGACGUGCGCUCUAUAAAUAAACAAGUAAAUAAGUAAAUAAAUAAAUAAAAUCUUUUUAAAAAAAUCAGUGUACUUAGUCAAUAGGGAUUAUCAACCUUAAGUAAAUACUAAUUCAUAAUGAAGAAGUACAAAGUUUCUUAUUCUUCCUUAGCUGUAAAUGCUAUACUAUCACCCUAUGAAUUGAAGAGAACUAAGGACCGCUUUUUUUCCCCUCUAAUGGUAGAUAAGGGGUUCAUUCUGACAUUUUUCACUUGGGAAGACCAAAUUUCAAGAUAUGACAGAGAAAAUUAACCUGUUUAGAAAACAUGCCUAAUUAAAAUGUACAGAACAAUGGCAGUUUAGUGACCUCUGACCUCUGUGGUCAGGUCUUGGACCUUCUGCCAUGUCACAUUGGGGUCUUGAGUAGGACUGCCAAUACAAAAAGCCGCCAAUACAAAAGUGUCCUUCCUGCUACAUAGUUCCACAAGCCGGGAAAUGCUGAAAAACUGAAAAAUUGUGAGCAAACACAGGAUACUUGUGAGCUAGAAAGUGUGAGGAAAUCCACCAGUCUUCCUUUCAGGCAGAAAUAGUAUCAAAAAUUGCCCCCCUUGCAUCCCUGUAAAUGUUCUAAGCAAAUGAAAAUAUAUCCAGUAAAUAGAAGUCCUCUCAGCUGCCAAGCAACUUUCAUGCAGCAUUACCAAAGUACACAAAAAAUUUUUUUAAAUGUGUGGAUUUAUAGCAUGCUUAUUGAAGUAUUUUAAUUUUUAAAAUACAAGUGCUGGGCGCCUGGGUAGCUCAGUCGGUUAGGCAUCUACCUUCGGCUCAGGUCAUGAUCUCGGGGUCCUGGAAUCAAGCCCCAAGUUGGGCUCCCUGCUCAGUGGGGAGUCUGCUUUUCCCUCUUCCUCUGCCCUCCCCCCCAUACUUUCUCUCUCUCUCUCUCUCUCAAAUAAAUAAAAUCUUUAAAAAAAUAAAAUAAAUACCAGUGCCUAUCAUUCAUUAUCUUCUUUGGGUAAAUAAGGAGAAGGAUUUUGGUGGGAAUUAUAUUUGGCAGAAUAAAAUUCAUUUGUUUAAACUGUGGAACAGUGGAUAUCAUUAAAGAUGUCUAACCAGGACAUUUAAAUAAUAUUCUAAGCACUAAUUGUGACAUUUUGAAAGGUUAUCUCAUUUGAUGUGUAGAUAGUUUAAAAAUCCAGGUCUUUUUUCACCACUGUACCCAAGGUGCCUGGCAUGUAGGGAGGGAAGGGAAAUAUCUAAAGACCUGAUUUACUUGAAAAUGAGCAAGAGAAUCAGUUUUAAUCUUAGUCAUUUAGUUCUCUUUACUAUGGGUGGCUUGUUGGGAUUUCUUUUGUUGUUAUGUGGUGAUACCGGAUUUGGAUUUAUGAUGUUUCCAUGUCCCCAGUGUAAAAGGCUCUAAUGAAUUGAAAGGAGGUACUUCAAGAUGUGCUAGUUGAGUUUAAUUCAGCUGAUUCAGAAAUUCUCCAGUCCCUUUGUAACAGCUUCCUUAUAUUUUGGCUUAUUCAUCCUGGUGAGACCUAACAAAGGUAAAAGGGUUAGACAAAAUGACACACAUAGCAUUUUCAGGGGAAUUUGUGAACCUCUAUUCUCUACAACGUAAAAUUUUCAUCUCCCAAUAUUCUAGAUUUAUUAUCCUCAUGCAUGAUCACCUUGUACAUUAGUUCUUCUUUCUCAGGGAUUCUCCUCAAGAAAGUUUGUGGCUGGGGCGCCUGGGUGGCUCCGUUGGUUAAGCGACUGCCUUCGGCUCAGAUCAUGAUCCUGGAGUCCUGGGAUCGAGUCCCACAUCGGGCUCCCUGCUCAGCAGGGAGUCUGCUUCUCCCUCUGACCCUCCCCCCUCUCAUGCUCUCUCUCUCUAUCUUAUUCUCUCUCUCAAAUAAAUAAAUAAAAUCUUUAAAAAAAAAAGUUUGUGGCUUGUCAGCCCCAUUGUGUCUCCUUUUUUUAAUGGCUCAACUCAUUGACUGUAAUCCUUAUUUUUUGCAAUUUUUUUCAAGGCUGUCUCUUAUGGGGGGCUUCAUUUGGCUGUUACAGCAAAGCACGUAAGGGCAGGUUGAGGGAAAUCACCCCCAUGCUGCUUCAGUUAGCUUCUAUUCUGACUUUUCUGGUUUAAGGCUGUGUUCCAAGUCUGCUAUUGCUCUCAAUCUGAGAUGGCAUUGGGUUUGCACUGAAUUUUAGAAGACUGAGAAAAUGUAAGAAUGAGAACUGUCUGCAGAAGAAGUAGGAAGACCCAAAGGGAGAACAGUUUUGCCUGGGGGAUUUGUACUGUCAUCAGUGUAAAUCAACACAUUCUCUUCUCAGUCUGUGGCAUGGACAAGUGUAGGAGAGAUUGUGGAGAGUAGAAUUUAUUGAUUGUAUUCUCCCUUCUCAUUAACUUAUAAUAUUAAUUUCAGAGACAUUGUUGAAGUCUGAUUAGUAUCCAGUUGUCAGUAGUCUUUGACACGCUCCCCACUUCCGUCACGUAUAUGCAGUCUGUAAACAAACCUUUCAUGCAGCUCUGAAUCUCUGGAACUCUGAUGUGUUUUACAAAGCAAAUAAACUGGGUAGUUUUACAUGUUUUAGGGCUUAUCCUUCCAUGGUUCUUUUUUAGUGUAAACAAGCACAUAGAUAUGGAUAUCCUCUCCUGUGAGAUAAACAGGAGUAUGCUGUAUACUUGCCUCCAUCUUGCGUUUUUCAUUUGUAUAUAUUCUGAAGAUCAUUUCAAAGUAGUAUGUGCAGGUAUUUUGCCAUGCCUCAGUUCUUUUUUAAGAGCUCCAUAAUACUUCAUUAUGGAAUAUUCUAUAUUUUAUUCAUUUAAUCCCCUAUCGUUGGACAUUUGGAUGGAUUCCAGCAUUUUGAUAUAACUAGAGCUCCAUACAUAACAUCUUUUCACAUUUACACAUUUCUGCCAAGAAUAUUAAGAAAUCGUUUUCUGGGUUCCUUUUUUUCUUUUUCCACUGUCUUUUAUAUUUCUCCCUUUCGUAUCUAUGUCAGCUUUUUUCCUUACCUCAUGUUGUAUGGUUCAUAGAGAAAAGGAUGUAUGAUUUUUAAUAUAGAUAUUAACUUUAAAUAUAUAAACAUUGUUA